AUGUCUAUUAUGCAGCUUGCAACCAAUGGAUCUGAGCUGCAGUCAGGCACCACCUGGCACACGGCAGGACUUUUGUGGCAGUUAAGACCUAGUGACACUGAGGUGGAGCUGUUGGCUCAUACUCGCAACGUGAUCAGCUCAGAGUUGGAGGAGGAGACUGGCCUCGAGACGGGCUGGAUCCAAAAUGGAGGCCUGUUCAUUGCGUCCAACAAGCAGCGACUGGACGAGUACAAGCGCCUCAUGUCGCUGGGUAAAGCAUACGGCAUUGAGUCAUACGUCCUGUCGCCAGCUGAGACCAAGGACCUGUAUCCUCUGAUGAAUGUGAAAGAUCUUUAUGGCACACUUUACGUGCCUAAAGACGGCACCAUGGACCCAGCGGGCACCUGCACCACCCUCUCCAGAGCAGCCACCGCACGUGGUGCCACUGUGAUCGAGAACUGUCCAGUGACGGGUAUCCAGGUCAAGGUUGAUGAUUUGGGCAUUAAGAGACUGAAAGCGGUAGAAACUGCUCAUGGGACCAUCCAAACACCAUGUGUGGUGAAUUGUGCAGGUGUCUGGGCCACUAAGCUGGGUAAAAUGGCAGGUGUCAAUGUUCCUUUGAUUGCCAUGCACCAUGCUUAUGUCGUCACAGAAAGAAUCGAGGGAAUUCAGAAUAUGCCCAACGUCAGGGACCAUGAUGCGUCAGUCUACCUCCGUCUCCAAGGUGACGCUCUUUCUGUGGGAGGCUACGAACAAAACCCCAUAUUCUGGGAGGAUGUAAGUUGCAAUAACUGUGUUUCCAAAUCUGACAAAUCCUUCACUGCAGAUCACAAGCCCCUGAUGGGUGAAGCACCCGAAGUGAGAGGCUUUUUCCUUGGAUGUGGUUUCAACAGUGCAGGUAUGAUGUUAGGAGGAGGAUGUGGCAAAGAGCUGGCUCAUUGGAUCAUUCACGGGCGUCCCGAAAAAGACAUGUAUGGAUAUGAUAUCAGGCGUUUCCAUCAUUCCCUGACCAACAACAACCGCUGGAUCAGAGAGCGGAGUCAUGAAUCGUAUGCCAAAAACUAUUCAGUAGUUUUCCCGUUUGAUGAACCUUUGGCCAGCCGCAACAUGAGGAAAGACCCCUUCCACCAGGUGCUACAGGAACAGGGCUGUGUGUUUCAGGAGAGACACGGUUGGGAGAGACCUGGAUGGUUCAACCGGGAUGGACCUGCUCCAAUUCUGGAUUAUGAUUACUACAGUGCCUACGAUGUUCCCAAGAACACUGAUUACAAAUACAGCGAGAUACUAGGCAAAGAGUACACGUUUGACUUCCCUCCACAUCAUGAUGUGAUUCGGGACGAGUGUCUGACCUGCAGGAAUGCUGUAGCUGUGUUUGAUAUGUCCUACUUUGGCAAGUUUUACCUGACUGGUCCGGAUGCAAAGAAGGCAGCUGAUUGGCUGUUUACAGCUGAUGUCAACAAAGCUCCAGGCUCCACUGUCUACACCUGCAUGUUAAACAAGAGGGGCGGAGUUGAGUCUGACCUCACCGUCAGUCGUUUGGAGCCAAGCCCCGCCCACCUCCCACUGACACCCGAAUCUAAUGGUGAGGCGUAUUACCUGGCCAUCGGAGGUGGAGUGGCGCAGCAUAACUGGAGCCAUAUUCAGGCAGUGCUGCAGGACCAGGGUUUCCACUGCACACUAAUAGACCACACUGAGGACAUGGGCAUGAUCAGCAUACAGGGACCCAAGAGCCGUGAGCUGCUGCAGGAAGUGCUGGACUCCGACCUCAGCAGCGAUGCGUUUCCCUUCUCCACACACAAGAUAGUGAACGCCGCUGGACACAAGGUGAGGGCCAUGCGUUUGUCAUUCGUGGGUGAGAUGGGCUGGGAGCUUCACAUCCCUAAAGAGUCCUGUCUGCCCGUCUACCACGCCGUCAGGGCCGCAGGGGCCAAAUAUGGCAUUUGUAAUGCUGGCUACAGGGCCAUUGACUCCUUGAGCAUUGAGAAAGGUUACAGACAUUGGCAUGCAGAUCUGCGGCCUGAUGACACUCCACUAGAGGCAGGACUUGCAUUCACCUGUAAGAUGAAGACCUCCAUUCCCUUCCUGGGCCGGAAGGCGCUGGAGGCCCAAAAGGCUGAGGGCCUGCGCAGACGAAUCGUCUGCUUCACAGUUGAUGAGAAAGUGCCAAUGUUUGGUCUGGAAACUAUUUUCCGCAAUAGUGUUCCUGUGGGACACCUGAGGCGCUCCGAAUUUGGAUUUGCCAUUGACAAGACCAUUGGCUAUGGUUAUAUCCGCAACCCAGAUGGUGGAGUGGUGAGCCCUGAUUUCGUCCGCAGCGGUGAAUUCACUCUGGAGAGGAUGGGCGUCACAUAUAAGGCUACGGCUCACCUGAAAUCUCCCUUUGACCCCGAGAACAAGCGUGUUAAGGGCAUCUACGGCUGAACAAAGCCAGAAUGUAACUGAUCCAGACUGAUUCAGUGUAACUGAGGUAAAUGUUUACGGGCCUUUAUCCAACACAUCAGCAUCAGCAUUCCAGGACAGAAAUAAAUACACUUCUGUAUUUAUAUUCACUGGUUUUAAGGGAUGAUUCACCAUAAAGAUCAUAGAAGAACAAUGAACUAAUGUGAAUUUCAGAAAUAGCCUGGGUAUACAGUGUAAUAGUGUUCAGCUUCUUUCAGUGCCUUAAAUUUCAUCUUUUUCAGAAAGAAAUCAUUUAUAUUUUUCAGAAAACCAUGAGCCUGUCUCUUGACUUUUUUGUACUAGCUUGAAUAUUCGUGAGUGUUUUCAUAGAAUAGCUGUGCAUUAAAGAUGUUAGUCUUGGUUAAAUGUAAAAUAAAAUCAAAUAAAAAAAAAUAACUGUAAGUUUGAUUACUGUAACUUUUGCCAAAUAUAAAUCUGUGGAAUUAAAUAAGAUGUAGUCACAUGAUGUGAAAGUAUUUUCUGUGUACAGGUUACAAAUCAUUUUGUAUGCUGUAUUUUCCAGACAGAAUGAGAGAAAUUAAAUAUGAUUUCUGCAUGUUGGGCCAUCAGUUCAUCCACAUGUACUGUAACCAUUAAAUGACCAUUUCACUGGAUUUUAACCAGUAAAACAAUAACCAAGGCAUUUAAUUUCCUUAUUGCUAAUAAUAGUAAUUCUUUCUAAAGUCUUUAAUCUGUCUGCUCUUUAACUUCAUUUGUUUAAAUGGAAA